GCAGCAGUCCUUCGCUGCACACUCGACCCGGGGCAAGCCAGCCAUCCUCGCCUACCGCUCUAGGGGUCGCACUCUUCUGUACCACCGGUUCUCCUAUGCCCGUCGGCCGCUCGACCGCCAUCCUUCCGGCGUGACCCAAAGGCGGCCUUGAAGUACCAGCCUUUGCGGGGGAUGCAGCCUUCUGUGUAUCCCUCCGCUCCUCCUCCUGUUCUCCGCGUCUGUGCUCUUUGAAUAUGCCUCUCAACUUUCCCCUCGCUGCUCACACUCGACAGACUGGAACUCGGGCAACCACUCAAGAAAACACCAUGAAAGAUACUGACAUCAAGAGACUACUGUAUACGCAUCUUUUAUGCAUAUUUUCAAUUAUCUUAAGCAUCUUCAUUCCAUCUUUAUUCUUGGAGAACUUCUCAGUAUUGGAAACACACUUGACAUGGUUGUGCAUCUGUUCUGUUUUUGUGACUGCCAUCAAUCUAAUUUUAUAUUUAGUAGUGAAACCAAAUACACCUUCUAAACGAAGCUCAUUAUCAUACAAGGUAACCAGAUUUUUGAAGUGCUGUAUUUACUUUCUUUUAUCUUGUUUCUUCUUUCAUAUAAUUUUUGUUCUAUAUGGAGCACCACUAAUAGAGUUGGUGUUGGAAACAUUUUCAUUUGCAGUUAUUUUGUCUACUUUUACUACUGUGCCUUGUCUGUGUUUGUUAGGACCAAACAUCAAAGCAUGGCUAAGAGUUUUCAGUAGAAAUGGAGUUACAUCCAUUUGGGAGAACAGUCUUCAGAUCACUACAAUUUCUAGUUUUUUAGGAACAUGGUUUGGAGCUUUUCCUAUUCCACUGGACUGGGAAAGACCAUGGCAGGUAUGGCCCAUCUCCUGCACGCUUGGAGCAACCCUUGGCUACGUGGCUGGCCUUAUUAUUUCACCACUCUGGAUAUACUGGAAUAGAAAGCAACUUACAUACAAGAACAAUUAAUUUGGAGCAAGAGGAGAGAAUAUUUCUUGGCGCAGAUUCCAUGAAGACUGCAGAAAUGUGUGUCUAUGGUCUAAGCCAGGCAGUUCAUUUUCAGCACUGUAUUUGUUUCAUGUAGUUACAACAUGAUGUGAUUGUAGCUUUUUAAACUAUGAAACCCCUGAGAGAUUGUACCUACUCGUUGAAAUGAAGUAUUUAUAAUAGA